CAGGGACUCCUCAGCCCGUUCCGGAGGUUUUCCUUUUGCCCGGAGGGAAACGAAGCGACUGAGGGAAGGUGCCCAGAGGAAAAUGGAGCGACUGGGGGAAAGUGCCCAGCCAGUGCUUGUGAGGGAACAAACCCAUCUUGAAUCUUGCGCUUUAUCUCCUCGGCAGUUCUUCAGCUCUAAAGUUCUACAGCAGGCAGCCGCCUCUCACCGAGUGGCUUUGCCUUAAGAUUUGAUACUAGAAACCACCCAAGCUGGACUUAGUUUGGGUUUUUUGUUCAGUUUCUAAUGUGAAAUGAUCCCUCAGGCUAUUCCUAGCGCAGCGCUUGGGGCUUUGGUUGCCCCCGAGUCUGAUCAGAACGUCAAAAUUAAGAAUCAAAGUGCCAAAGCAGGAAUGUAAAAAAAAAAAAAAAAAAGGUUUAUGGGGCCAGAAGUUUAGAGACUGAAGACCAGAGCACAGUAUUUACCACAGUGAACGGCCCCCCACACUAUCCUUGGCCUAUGUUGGGGUUACUUGUGAGUUUGGGACCAUUGACUCAGAGGCUCUGAUGUUCCCAACCCACCCCGCGUGAAACUGCUCCUGACUCUGCCCAUAGCCAUGUCAAAGUCCCCGCAAAAAAACAGCACAGGCAUUUCGGGUGAGCUUCUGUUCAGCUAUUUCAGCCUGGCUGUGAAAAGAUGUGUGCAGGCUGCUGUUUGCUGAGGAUAAAUAACAGCUACAGGGACAAAAAUAGGUGAAGAUAAUGAUAUUAAACAAAGGCUGCAGAUAUUCUUCAUGACUAUGUAUUUUAAAACCUUUAUCCGUCUUGCUAAAAUACCGAACGGCAAUGUCUAUAUGUACAAUAGAUAGCCUCAAACUGGAAUAAACGAUCGCCCAACUAAUUAGCAAAACAGGGAGAGCAACAGAAAAAUCCCUGGCCGCCUCAUACAAAUCUGAGAUCUGUUUUGAAUGGAAAAAUCCAACCAGCUUUCAACUCACACAAUGGCAUCCAGACUGUAUUAUAAUGAAAGUGAUGAAUCUCAGCUUUAAAGAGGAUGGUAAUUUCUAAUCCCUGAGCUUGUACAUACACACGCAGGCAGAAACAUCCACGCACUUUCAUCUGUGCUGGAAGAACCAAAGAGAAUAAAAAUUGUAUUGAUCUGACCUUUAUGAAACCACAUAAAGCAGAGGCCACAAGAGGUCACCUUGCCCCUUCUCCUGGGCUGAGGCGAUCAGCGGGGCUAAUUCCCUUUCCUGCCUUCUUCAGAACCCCCCAGCGUUUGAUAAUUGUGUUAAAUAAGUCAGACUUUUUGCUCACACACAGAUACUGUUGACUGUUCCUGACAAAUCUGGGAACUCAGAUGGAAACAGGAGCCUGGCCUAGAGCUGAACCUUAUCUGUAGUUUGUGUAUGGAAAUGGCACCGAACAUCUUAUUUCAUCUCAUUUCGUCACAGUUCUGUCCACGGCUGAGGGCAACCAUUGAUGAAGUGGAAACAGAUGUGGUGGAGAUAGAGGCAAAGCUUGACAAGCUGGUAAAGCUAUGCAGUGGGAUGAUUGAAGCGGGCAAAGCCUACAUCACCACCAACAAGCACUUUGUCAGCGGAGUCCGGGACCUGUCGCAGCAGUGCAAGAAGGAUGAAAUGAUUUCGGAGUGCCUCGACAAAUUUGGAGAUAGUCUGCAGGAAAUGAUUAACUAUCACAUGAUCCUGUUUGACCAGGCUCAGAGGUCAGUUCGGCAGCAGCUGCACAAUUUUGUGAAAGAUGAUGUCCGGAAGUUCAAGGAAACCAAGAAGCAGUUUGACAAGGUGCGAGAGGACAUGGAGAUCUCGCUGGUGAAGAACGCCCAGGCACCUCGGCACAAACCCCAUGAGGUGGAGGAGGCAACAGGCACCUUGACCAUAACCAGAAAGUGUUUCCGCCAUCUGGCCCUAGACUAUGUGUUGCAGAUCAACGUCCUGCAGGCCAAGAAGAAGUUUGAAAUACUGGAUGCGAUGCUGUCCUUCAUGCAUGCCCAGUACACCUUUUUCCAGCAGGGUUACAGUCUUCUCCAUGAACUGGAUCCCUACAUGAAGAAACUAGCCACAGAGCUGGACCAGCUGGUGAUUGAUUCUGCAGUGGAGAAGAGGGAGAUGGAGCACAAGCAUGCACUGAUACAGCAAAGGACCCUCCUGCAGGACUUCUCCUAUGAUGACUCAAAGGUGGAGUUUAAUGUUGAUGCCCCGAAUGGCGUGGUGAUGGAAGGCUACCUCUUCAAGAGAGCUAGCAAUGCUUUCAAAACAUGGAAUCGGAGGUGGUUCUCCAUACAGAACAGUCAGCUGGUGUACCAGAAAAAGCUAAAGGAUGUCCUCACGGUAGUGGUGGAAGACCUGCGGCUCUGUACUGUCAAGCCGUGUGAAGACAUAGAGAGGAGGUUUUGCUUUGAGGUCGUCUCACCUACCAAGAGCUGUAUGCUGCAGGCUGACUCGGAGAAGCUGCGCCAGGCCUGGAUUCAGGCUGUCCAAGCUAGCAUUGCUUCUGCCUACCGGGAGAGUCCCGACAGCUAUUACAUUGAAAGACUGGACCGGACUGCUUCCCCAUCAACUAGCAGCAUUGAUUCUGCUACCGACUCCCGGGAGCGUAGUGUGAAAGGUGAAACCAUCCUGCAGAGGGUGCAGAGCAUCCCUGGGAAUGACCAGUGCUGUGACUGUGGUCAGCCCGAUCCUCGCUGGGCCAGUAUCAACCUGGGCAUUCUGCUGUGCAUCGAGUGCUCCGGUAUCCACAGGAGUCUGGGUGUUCACUGCUCCAAGGUCCGAUCUCUCACACUGGACUCCUGGGAGCCAGAGUUACUGAAACUGAUGUGCGAGCUGGGGAACAGUACCAUGAAUCAGAUUUAUGAGGCACAAUGUGAGGAGUUGGGACUUAAGAAGCCAACAGCCGGGAGCUCCAGGCAGGACAAGGAAGCCUGGAUCAAGGUGAAAUACGUAGAGAAGAAAUUCCUGAAGAAGCUGCCAAAUGGGGAGACUCUAACAGAGAACGAGCGGAAGCCUCGACGCUGGUGUGUGAAGAAGUGCCAGAGACACAACAGCACCACGAAAGCACCCACGGCUCGUAGAAAGUACCGCCACGAAGCUGGCAGCGCCUCGCCAGCCAUGCUGUCCUCAGCUACGCUGGAGAGGAAGUUCCGUCGAGAUUCUCUCUUCUGCCCUGAUGAGCUGGACUCUCUCUUCUCCUACUUCGACACUGGUGCUGGCUCUGGCCCACGCAGUGCCAGCCACAUCUCUAUGCAGCAUCCGCUAACAGGUGGCCCAUGGAGUGGCAGUGGCAUUGGUCCCGGUGGGAGCGGUACGCCGUUCCUCCUGGACGGAGGUCUGAGCAGCGACAGCGGGCUUGGAGGAAGCACAGAUGGCAGCACUGACAUCCUGGUGUUUGGCUCUGUGGUGGACAGCGUGACGGAGGAAGAGUGUGAGGUGUCGGAGGAGUCAAGCGGCGAAGCGGAGAUUGAACAGGAGGCAUCAGAUUUGGAGGACCUGAGGGAGCUGCAUCCUGGCUUGUUGAUCUACAAGGCAGCACAAGCCCGAAACCUGCCUCUCAUGGCAGAAGCACUUGCACAUGGUGCUGAGAUCAACUGGGUGAAUGACGAAGACGAAAACAAAACUCCUCUGAUUCAAGCUGUGAUGGGGGGCUCCUUGAUAGCCUGCGAAUUCCUGCUGCAGAAUGGGGCAGAUGUUAACCAAAGAGAUAGCCGAGGCCGCGCUCCCUUGCAUCACGCCACGUACCUCGGGCACACUGGUCAGGUCUGCUUGUUCCUCAAGCGAGGGGCAAACCAGCACGCGGUGGAUGGCGAUGGGCAGGACCCGCUCAGUAUUGCUGUCCAGGCAGCCAAUGCAGACAUAGUUACCUUGCUGCGUCUGGCUCGGAUGAACGAGGAGAUGCGAGAAGCAGAGGGUCCCUUUGGACAACCAGGAGAUGCCACCUACCUGGACAUCUUCCGGGAGUUCUCUCACAUGGCUUCGAACAACCCUGAGAAACUCAAAAGGAGGAGCCUGCAUUUCAGCCACUCCUGCAGAUAGCCCCCUCCCUCCCUCCCUCUGCCAAGACCUUCUGCUGGAAGGUCGAGCUUAGAGCUGCCUGAGCUCCCCAGGAGGGCAGAAACGUCUGAGCAGGUGUAAGAGGCAAGCUGAGCUCAGCUACCGAGGAAAGACGUUCUCUGUUCACAUUGCUUCUACUAGAAACCUGUGGGUUGGUUGUUUGGUUUUUUUUUCCCCUGGUGUCUGCUUUUGAGCCCGGACCAGGAAGGUGACAGACCUCCCGGGGGUAAUUCUGGAAUUGGUACGCACUCAGGCUGUAGGCUGAGGUAGCUGGAUGGAGUUUAAAAUGAGUUAAGCCGAUCUUUUAGCUCUCAAAGCCAUUUCUACAUGGCUGUUUCUGGGGAAAUCUCCCCUUUCUGGGUGUAUGCAGACCCCAGGAUUUGUGAUACUGCAGCAGUGCCCGCCCCUAAAAUGAAAUACAGGUAAGUGGUGCCGACCACUGAGCGUGCCAGGAGGAGACCAAGUCUGAGGGGCUCCAAAAGCUGAGGAAAAGGGAAAUGUUGCAGAAUUGAGUUACGCUGCUUCGUGGCAGUGUCACUGGACCCAGACGGCUCAGCUGGGUGAGAGCCAGCACCGGCCACCAGCCGUGCCCGGAGGAAUUCCCAGCUUCCCACAAGGGCGCCGGGAUGCAAUUCCCAGUGGCAGGAGGCCCUGCGCUCGCAGCCCUCCCCUCCUCCCCGAGCAGAAAGGCUGCCCAGGACACAGCACCCGACUAAAGACGUGGGGCGCCCAGGCCCAACCAGUCCACCACAGAGCCCUGGGCAAAAUACUUUGUUUUGUGGUGUAACUCACCCCUUCGGAUACCUCUACCACUGAGUGCUUUGGGAUGUUGGGUUUGACACGGAGCAGGAGGUAUAAUUCCAAUUCCACGGAGACUUUACACGCAGCACCAAACCCAGACUCUCGCUCUUUCCCUCAGGGGCUCUCCAUCUCCUACUGGUUGUGCAUCUCGCUGUCAGGAGAGUUGCACUCUUCCGUAAGGCACAGCUUUCAGUGUUGUUUUUGUAAGUUUUUAGGAUUGUAUUGUCGUAGUUAACAAAAAAUAAGAAAAGGUUAUGCGUGGACUAUACAGGUAUAGGCACCAUGACAUAAUAAAGUGCAUUGUCAGAACAAUCUAGAUAAAGUAUGACAUGCUGAAAUGUAAUAUAUCUGAUGGCAGAAGAAGUGUUUGUUGUUUUUUUUUUUGAAAAGGUGGGAGUGAAAAAAAAUAUAUCUCACGUGCAAACAUUAUCUACGAACUGAGA